GGCCAGCAGUGACAGCCGAGCUCCCCUGAAAGGAGCUGUUGAGGAGGCUGGAUAGGGUUGCGACCCCAGGUGCGGAUGGACCAGAGCAGCUGACUGGGGAGACAUCCGCAGAGAUGGAGGCAUGGGAGGGUUAGGUGCAGAGGGCAGCAGACUCUUAGAGAAUACUCAUAGUGGAAGAGAAGAGGUCCGAUCUAAAAGGUCAAGGUUGAGUGAGGACAGAGCUAAGAGCUCAGAUUUUAGCCAAGUGGGUGACCUCUGAAAGCCCGGCUGCAGUGAGGAAACCAAGGCCCAAGGUCAUGCAGGGAGUGAGUGGAGGAAAUGCGGGACUUUAAAACCCAGAAAGUAAGAUCUUAUGUCCUACAAGGUUGGGGGCAAUGUUCAGAUAUCAGGAAGAAUGGAGUAGGGACGCUUGCCUGUGUGGCUGUCCUGUGAACUCAGGAGCCUCGCCGGUCCCUUUUUGUUUGUAGGAAUCAGAACAGGAGCUCUCCGAUUCUGUUUAGGUUUGGGGUUUGUUUGUUUUCUCUGAGUUGGAUCUCAUGAAGCAGCCGGUAGAAGUGGAAAUGUGUUUUGGAAUAUAUCAGCCUUGUAGAGUUGUUGGCUUUUUUUAAAACAAUAUUACUUCUAUCAAAUCCCAGGUGGCAGGUUGUCAUAUGAUUCCUGGAAAUUUUAUCAUGGCACCUAGUAUUUUCAGCAUAUUCUUACUUAGAACUUCAUAAGGGGCUUCAUUCUUCUGUUUUAAUGUCCUGACGUGAAAUGAAAGCUGCAGCAUUGGGCUGAACCACUUAGUAUGGGCCACAGAGGGAACCUAUCUGAGUGACCAUUGGACUCACUUCAACUUGGCCUUGGCCUCUCCUUCCUGUAUACCUGCCCCUGUGAAACUAAAAGUUAGGGACUUUGGCAGGGAUGGGGAGGGAGACAGACAGACCUGGGUCCCAUUUGCCAAGUAUACGGCCCAAGAAAUAGCCAGUCCUCAUCUGCUCAGCUUCUACUUUGAGCCUUUUGGUGAGAUUCUGACAUCCUUUAGUUUUUUACAAAUCAGUUCAGUUCAGCCAACAUCAAGAGCUCACUGAGGGUCAGUAAGGCUCUGUCCUCCCAGAGUUUACAUUCAGUUUGGGAGUUACAGCGUGUGGACAGGUGAGCCAAUACCAGGAAGGGAGAACUCGGACAAAGAGCUCCAGGAAAACGUGAGAUGGGAGCGCUCGGAACUGGGCAUCAGGAAAGAGUCUUCAUGGAAGAGGCAGCUCACGAGUGGCCUAAAAGGACAGUUAUUUCAGAUGCUUCCCAUGUCCAACGCAGAGAAGCCAGGAUUCCAGCUCGACCGGACCUUAGCCCAUAGGAAAGGACGUCGUUUAGGAUAUAUGGAGUCUGGGAGUCAUUCUUUUCAUGUUGGUGUGUGGGCAGCCCCCCUUUCAAGAAGCAAAUGACAGCGAAACUUUGACGAUGAUUAUGGACUGCAAAUACACAGUGCCGUCACACGUUUCCAAAGAGUGUAAAGACCUGAUUACUCGGAUGCUGCAGAGGGACCCCAAGCGAAGAGCUUCCUUGGAGGAAAUUGAGACGCACGCCUGGCUCCAAGGCGUCGACCCGUCCCCGGCCACCAAGUACAACAUCCCCCUGGUUUCCUACAAAAACCUUUCCGAGGAGGAGCACAACAGCAUCAUUCAGCGCAUGGUUCUUGGCGACAUAGCUGACCGAGAGAGCAUCGUUGAGGCCCUGGAGACCAACAAGUACAAUCACAUCACGGCCACCUACUUCCUGCUGGCCGAGAGGAUCCUGAGGGAGAAGCAGGAGAAGGAGAUUCAGACGAGGUCGGCCAGUCCCAGUAACAUCAAAGCCCAGUUCAGGCAGUCGUGGCCCACAAAGAUUGACGUCCCCCAGGACCUUGAAGAUGACCUUACAGCGUCUCCCCUGUCCCACGCCCCUGUCCCUCAGUCCCCAGCACGCACAGCUGAGAACGUCCUCAACGGCCACAGGAACAAAGCCCUCGGGGACGCGGUGGCCAAGAAGGACGAGCUCCCGGAGCUGGCUGGGCCCACGCUGUCUGUGGUUCCCUCCGUGAGCCUCAAGCCCACCACGAGUGGCCGCAAGUGUCUGUUCCGCGUGGAGGAAGACGAGGAAGAGGACGAAGAGGACAAGAAGCCCGCAUCGCUCUCCACCCAGGUGGUCCUGCGUCGGAAGCCGUCUGUCACCAACCGCCUCACGUCCCGCAAGAGUGCACCGGUGCUGAACCAGAUCUUUGAGGAGGGCGAGUCUGACGACGAGUUCGACAUGGACGAGAACCUGCCGCCCAAGCUGAGCAGGCUCAAAAUGAACAUCGCGUCCCCGGGCACGGUGCACAAGCGCUACCACCGCCGGAAGAGCCAGGGCCGCGGCUCGAGCUGCAGCAGCUCGGAGACCAGCGACGACGACUCGGAGAGCCGCCGGCGGCUGGAUAAGGACAGCGGCUUCACCUACUCGUGGCACCGUCGGGACAGCGGCGAAGGGCCGCCGGGCAACCAGGGCGACGGCAGCGGCCAGGGCAGGCCGGCCGACGGCAGCCGCGGCCCGGACAAGGCCAGCCCCAACGGUGGCAGCCAGGGCGGGGGCAGCCCCUCGGGCAGCGCCGGGGGCGGCGGCACCAGCCCUUCAGGCACCACGCGCAGGUGUGCGGGCCCGGGGGAGCUGGUGGAGAGCCUGAAGCUCAUGAGCCUGUGCCUGGGCGCGCAGAUCCGCGGCAGUGCUGGCUGCAUCCUUGACCCCCAGAGCGCCUGGGCCUUCUCCAGCGUGAGAGUCCAGGAGAAAUCCGCCUGGAGAAUGUGCGUGGGCUCAGCCGGCCCGGCCCCCACCGGCCCCCGCGUCAAAUUGUUCUCUGACCGCAUGGUGGGCCCCGCGGAAGGGCUGGACCGGGUAAAGAGCAAGAACUUGAAAAACAGCGUCUUACAACUACCUCUGUGUGAAAAAACCAUCUCAGUUAACAUCCAGCGGGGCCCCAAGGAGGGCCUGCUGUGCGCCUCGAGCCCCGCCAGCUGCUGCCACGUCAUCUGAAGGGGGCUUCUCCCACUCCACGCUGGCUCUGCGACCACUCCCUCUCUGCCUCCUUCCCUCCCCUCCCUCUCUCCUUCCUUCUCUUCCUCUUUCCCCCCUCUCCUUUCCUCCUUCCCUCCUUGCUGUUCAGAGCUGUGAACGACUCCGUCUUCUCUCACUGUACCCCUGUGGUUGUCUCAGUCCUUCAGUUAUUUAUCCCAUUUUUGUUUGUGUGCUCGGUGAGAUGACAAUGCAUGGUCUUUGUGCAUGCUGCUAGCCACAACACUUUUUUUUCUGCUGAAUAGUCUUAUUUCAUGAUGUAAUUUCUACAUUUAUAAUUUUACUAUGGAAGGUCCAGAUUAAAUUAAAAUGUGUAUCUGGAGCCUACAUGUAAAUGGAGCACUUAGAAAUUUCCUGUUCUGCACUUAUAACCAAGAGAGAAAAAUGCUUUUGUUUCUUCGUUAAAAUGUUCCUUCCUGUUCUGACCUUCUGUUAUAUUAGAACUGUGGGCCUACGCUCCUUUGUGUCUGAACUAGAACCAAAGCAAUAAUAUUGGGAUGCUGAGAACUUGGAGGGACGAGAGCUCCAGAGGCCUGGUUCCAGUUGUAGAGGGAGACCCACCCACACCUGUUGUCUUAAGCUCUGGCCUGCAUCCAGGUGGGACUCUGAAGCCUGAAAGAUGACCUUGGCUUCACAGUAGCUGAUAUUGAGUCCCCAGACUGGCAAGGCAGCUCCCUACCCCCACCCCCAGUCGUGUGUUACUAUUAUAGGCAGACAAUCUUAUUUUUUAAUAUGAUGAAGAUAAUCAAUGAAGUCUUAACUACAGGUAGAGAUUGGUCCCCGGCAGAACAGAGAUGCAUAAAUUGUGUGAAUUUGAGCCUCUCCCAGGGUUUCCCUUAAGAUGAUGUAGAUAACAUAUGGUCAGUAGGCCUGUAGAAUGCCAGUUCAGCAAGAAAUGAAAGGUUUAAACAGGGGUACACAUUUAUGUUGGAACAUUAGGACAGAAAUAUAUUUUUUAAAAUCCCUCUUUGGCUCUUUGCAGGAGUUUGAAAAUAGUACUGUCUUCUCUUCCAUUUCUUCUAUUCCUCCGUGUUCUUGAAUUUAGUCCGCCACAAAAACUGGCUGGUUGGGACAUAUAAACCAACGUGGUGUGUGUAUGCACACACACAUGUAUGUAUGUAUGUAUGUAUAUAUAUAUACACACACAUAUACAUGCACACACAUA